AAGUCGUGAGUGGGAAAACUAAAAAAAAAACAGCGGAGGUCUGAGGACACCAGAGCAGAGAGAAGGCUUUGCAAUUUCCGCAAAAACACGGCUAUAUAAAAGGGAGCCGCACGCCAAGAGACCACCCCACCGCUUCGUCUUCCUCUCGUCCCCUGUCGAGAGUUCAGCCAUUGCCAUCGCUUUAUUGUGUUAUCCUCCAAAACUACGAGUCCCAAGGCAACACUCCGGACUCCAGGGAGGCAACAAUUUCGCUAGGCAGUAGGCCCUUGGUGCUACAUUGACAAUGCUUGCACUUGUUGCACCAAGAGAACCAUUUGUUCAGUCACAGGCGCGUAUCAGUGCCAGAAUGCAGCUCAACUUUUCAGCUGAGCAAAAUCUCCCCUCCAGUAUGAUGAUCCAAAAGCAGGACGAUUCAUACAGCGUGCUGAUACCUGGUCUACCAGAAGACCUGGCAAAGAUAUGUCUUGCUCUUGUCCCUCGGAGCCAUUUCGCUGUCAUGAGUUCUGUGUCAAAGAGUUGGAUGGCAUUCAUCGGGAGCAGGGAGUUCAUUGCUGUUCGAAAGGAGACCGGGAAGCUCGAGGAGUGGAUUUAUGUCCUGACCGCUGGAUCAGGCGGUCAGGGAAGCCGUUGGGAGGUGCUGGGGAGCCCGGAUCAGAAGAAGAGAAUACUUCCUCCUAUGCCUGGACCAAGAAAAGCUGGAUUUGGUGUGGUAGUUCUUGAUGGAAAGCUUUUUGUCAUGGCUGGCUAUGCUGCAGACCAUGGGAAAGAAUUUGUUUCUGAUGAGGUCUACCUCUAUGAUGCUUGUCUGAACAGGUCUGCCACUGCCACUUUUUUAACAAAAGGAUAUUGCUAUUCUCCUGUUCAUCAAGUACCAAUUCGUAUCUUCUUAAAAUCCAGGUGGACUGCACUUGCCAAGAUGAACGUUGCACGACGCGACUUCGCAUGCGCAGAGGUCAAUGGUGUGAUAUAUGCAGCUGGUGGAUUUGGACAUGGUGGCGAUAGCCUGAGCAGCGUUGAAGCGUACAAUCCACAGCAGAACAAAUGGAUAUUGAUACAGAGUCUUCGCAGGCCGAGGUGGGGCUGCUUUGCUUGUCGGCUCAAUGACAAGCUGUACAUCAUGGGAGGCCGUUCAAGCUUCAUCAUUGGCAAUUCUCGCUCUGUCGAUGUGUAUGACCCUCAUCACAACGCUUGGGAGGAGAUCAAGAGAGGAUGUGUGAUGGUCACCUCACAUGCUAUUCUUGAAAAGAGGCUGUUCUGUAUUGAGUGGAAGAAUCAGAGGUCACUUGCGACAUUUAACCCGGCAGACAACUCUUGGCAGAGGAUCCCGGUGCCGCUUACUGGCAGUUCUAGCACCCGAUUCUGCCUCGGGGUGCUCGGCAUGAAGGUCCUUCUAUUCUCACUGGAGGAAGAACCUGGGUACCAGACACUGAUGUAUGACCCGGCAGCACCAACGGGAUGUGAGUGGCAGACGUCUCAGCUCAAGCCUUCAGGAUCGUGCAUAUGUUGUGUGACCAUUGAAGUUUGAUGGUAUGGAUAUGUCGAAAUGGCAUCAUCGCAUUCUAGUUCUACUGCAUCUUUGAUCUUCUGAAAAGUUGGACAAACGAUGUAUGUUGGUGUUCAUAGUUGUAUAUACCCAAAAACUUUCUACUUUAUGGUGCUGUGACUUUUAUAUGCUGCACUUCACCUUGUAAUUGGAUCCAUUUAUAAUUUUGUAAAGUAUGCCAUAUUAUUUUAAUUCAUUAAUAACAGCAGAAAUCACUUCAA